GAUAUAGCAAGUCACAUUGGCCGUCCGAUGAAGAGCGUGGUCAUUGGGCACCAACAAACACAGUCUACAUAGGCUCGUCUCGAUGUUAUCGGUGUGACCGCCAGGAUCUUGUGCAGUGUCGACCGACCUGGGGCAGCGAAUACUGAACCACUACUGGCCUGGACCAUACGACCCAUUGGGCCUUGACCGGUUUCUACGAUGUACUAUAUUCUCUAUCUUGCCAGUCUCUGCCGACGGCGCCGCUGGCCGGAACCUCUGUACGAAUCAUACAGCGGCGCUACCGGGUAUACGUGCAUUGUCCGAGUCAACAACCGCGAGUACCAGACGGACGCCGUUUGCGAAUCGGACACCCUCGCCCGGGAGAAUGCAGCGAUGCGGGCGUACCUGAUUUGCCGCAACUUCUCCGUCAACGACGGCAUGUACCCGGCCGGGCACGACCACGGCGGGGCCAUCCAGGGGAUUCCGGUCGCCAUUGGCACCGGGCGCAAGGCCCGUUACGCGGUGGACGACCCAGAGGACACCUCGACGACCAGUGGGGAGAGCCGAAGCGGUGGCAGCAGUAGUCCGGAGAGCUACGAAGGCGGCCGGAUGAUCGAUUGCGACCGACAAGCCGCCAUGGGCCCGUCUCGAGCAUUGGCGUUUAGUCGGUAGGCGUUGCCUGCGCGAUGGACGGCUGGGUCUAGGCUCACACUGGCCGUGCCCAGUGCCCACAGAUCGAUAGGCUUUGUCUUGACUCUUCACGAGAGUGGCUCGGUGGGCAGGAUGGAAGGGGGAAGG